GAAUUUUAUUUUGUCGGUUAUUACAAACUGAGCAACUGUGAUUGAAGCUAGAAAAAAUGCACCCACUAAUAUUUAAUAUUUUUAUAUUAUUAUUUUUUUCGUUUCUGGCAUUCAAUGAGUGCUCUCGUGAUAAUGAUACUAACACUAAUACAGAAUUUCCUCCGUUGACAGAAGGUUUUUUGGCGUAUAUGAUGGAAAGUAUUGAAUGGGAAUCUAAAGAACCUAAAGAUCAAAAAAACUUGCUUCGGGAGUAUGAUUUUAUCGUGGUUGGAGCAGGGAGUGCAGGAGCUGUUUUGGCCAACAGACUGUCAGAGGUUCCCGAAUGGAAAGUUUUAUUAAUUGAAGCUGGUCAAAGAGCUACUCAUUUAAUGGAUAUACCAAUUACAGCAGUUUACCUGCAAGGGUUGGAUAUUGAUUGGAAGUAUAGUUCAAUACCGAUGAAUAAUUCUUGCUUGAGUUUUGAUGAUCGUCGCUGCAAAAUUCCAAGAGGAAAAGUGAUGGGUGGAAGCAGUGCUAUCAACUUCAUGAUAUAUACUAGGGGCAACAGAAGAGAUUAUGAUAACUGGGCUGCAAUGGGUAAUGAAGGUUGGAAUUACGAUCAAGUACUAAAAUAUUUUAUAAAAUCGGAAAGAGCAAAUCUGUCUCAAAGUGAGGAGAUGUUCCACGGUAAAGACGGACCUUUAUAUGUAUCAGAUAUUAAAUUUAAGUCAAAUAUAGCCAAAGCUUUCGUUAAGAGUUUAUCACAAAUUGGGCAUCCUAUUAUUGACGUAAAUGGGGAAAAGCAAACAGGAGGAAAUUAUUUACAGGUCACCAUGAAAAACGGUCGAAGAUGGAGUACUAAUUCGGCUUUCUUGUUUCCAGCAAGUAAAAGAAAGAAUUUACACGUAAAAAAAUAUAGUACAGUUACCCGAAUAUUAAUCGAUGAGGUUACAAAAACAGCGGUUGGGGUGGAAUUUGUGAAUGAGCGUAAAAAAUAUAGAGUUUAUGCUAGAAAAGAAGUUAUAGUUAGUGGUGGUGCAAUUAAUUCACCACAAUUACUAAUGUUGUCAGGCAUUGGACCUGAAGCUCAUUUGAAAGAAAAAGGCAUUCCUGUGUUGAGUAAUUUACCAGUAGGUGAAAACUUAAUGGAUCAUAUAUCACUUGGAGGACUUUUUAUUUUAAUAAAUGAUACAGUGUCCUUGAAAACUGAUAGGUUGCUUCAAGAUCCGUAUAUUAUGCAAAACUUUUAUAUGGGUAAUGGUGGCCUGUGCUCAGUGGCAGGUGGAACAGAAGCGUUGGGAUUUUUUGACACAAAAAAUCCAAAUAAAUCAGAUGGACAUACCGAUCUUGAAUUGCUAUUGUUUUCUUCUUCGUACACUUCUGAUGUUUCAGCUCACAAAUACUUUGGCCUUCGAACGGACAUCUUUAAUAAAGUUUAUAAUCCAGUUGCGGACAAAGACAGUUUUAUGGUGUUUCCAAUGGUCAUGCGCCCUAAAAGUAAAGGUCGUAUUUGGUUAAGAGAUACUAAUCCCUUCCAUCAUCCAUUUAUUGAUCCUAAUCAUUUUUCAAACAAGGCCGAUUUGGAUGUGAUAGUGGCUGGCGUUCGUAUUGUUCAGCGAAUGUUAAAGACAGACGCUAUGAGAAAACUUGACGCCCAAAUAUUGACAACUCCGUUGCCUGGUUGUACCAAAUACGUUUUUGAUUCGAACGCCUAUUGGAAAUGUGCAGCCCGACAAAUUAGUUUUUCCAUUUAUCAUCUAUCGGGUACGUGUAAAAUGGGACCAGUUGGUGAUCCCACUGCGGUAGUUGAUCCAAGACUUCGUGUUCACGGUGUCAAGCGUUUGAGGGUCAUAGACGCUUCAAUUAUGCCUGAAAUUCCAGCUGGUCACACAAAUGCACCUACCAUUAUGAUCGGAGAAAAAGGGGCAGAUAUGAUUAAAGAGGAUUGGGGUGCCACUAUUGUAAAUAAUGUUUAGAUGCAAUUGAAUAUUUUAUAUAUAAUUAUUAUUUAUUUGUUAAAUAAUGAUUUAUUGAUAAAAAUUUUAUUUAUUUUUAUGAAUUAUGAUAAAUAUCAAUUUUAUUGUAAAACAAUUAUUUAUUUAAGAUUAGUUUUUAGGGGUAACUUUCGAAAGAUAGCUCUUCAUAUUAGGAAUAGUUAUAUAUUUUU